CAACAGAUACUACUGUUAGUAUACAAUAAAACAUAUUUCAAUUAAUGGAAUACUUUCAAACGAUAUGCCGAAUCUGUCAGGCGCAGCAAAAUCUGUUCGAUUUAACCAACAAACAUAACGAAAGUGUAGCACAGAAAUUGUCAUCACUAACCACUAUCCGGAUCCAGCAGGAUGAUGUCCUGCCUCGUUGCAUUUGUGUAGAGUGCAUAAAUACACUCAAUUUGGCCUAUGAUUUCCUGCUGCAAUGUGAAGCGGCCGAACAAAAGUUGCAGGAGGAGAUUCAGCAACAGCCGUUGGAGGCUGAAAAAAACACUGGUCAGCUUUCCGAGAUGACGAAACCACUGAUUGAAACCAUUGAGUUUCUGGUGGAUGUCGUCGAUGGGGAUACGUCGGUUCGUGAAAAUAGAAAUAAAGUGUUCAAAACGGAAGCUGCUGUUGAUCCGGGUGAGGUAUCCGAAGAGGAAAGUCAAUCGGAAGAGCAGCAGGACGAUUCAAUACCGAUCGUGUAUGCUAUCGAGGAAUUUCUCGAGGAAAAUGUUGAAGAAGAGAAUGUGUCCGGAAUGUUUUUCGAUGGGAGCGAGAAACCGUCGGAACCGUAUGGUAACAACGGUGAAAAAAGAUUCUUCUGUGAAACAUGUGGACUAGGAUUCGAAAAGUGUCCCGAUCUUUACAAACAUCUCAAAGAUCACGGGAAAGAGCGAUUCCAGUGUAAAGAGUGUGACCGUUGGUUUUCGCGUCGGGCCCAUCUGCAGAGCCAUGAAGUGAUUCACACCAGGGAGCGAAACUUCCACUGCCAGAGUUGUUCCAAUUCGUACACGAGUGGACGAAAUCUGCGAAGGCACAUCAAGAGUGCCCAUUUGGGUGAGAAACCGUUCGUGUGUGAUUUGUGCGGCAAGGAAUUUUCCCAGAAAACAGUUCUGGAAGCGCACCACAGCACUCACGUGCAGGAGAAAAACUACUGCUGCCAGACGUGCCGGAAAUGGUUCAAAUCUAGCAAACUCCUGAAACUGCACGAGUUGAGACACACGAAAGGUGAACAACCGAAACAGGCCACGGAACCGGUCGAGUGUGAUGUCUGUCACAAGCUGUACUCGAACAAGAUCUCUCUGCGGAGCCAUAAGCAGAUCCAUUCCGAUACGAAGAUUUUGUGUACGUUUUGUGAUAAAAGCUUCAAGAUUAGAGCUCACUUGAAGGUUCAUCUUCGCAGUCAUACCAAAGAGCAACCGUACGAGUGUACGGUUUGUCAUAAAAAGUUUGGCUACGAGACAUCGCUCAAGACACACCGAUUGGUCCACUCGGACGAGCGUCCCUACAAGUGUGACACGUGCGCCCUUUCUUUUCGACAGGUCAAUCAUCUGAAGGUACACAAAUUCUUGCACAGCGGGCAGAAACCGUACGAGUGUACUGUUUGUCAUAAAUCGUUUGCUCUCCGGGGUAACUUGACCAUCCAUAUGCGUAUCCACGAUGGGCUGGCCAGCAGUCCCUUUCAGUGUUACCUUUGUGAGGGAAAGAAACUCAACGACUCGAAUGCUCUCAAGCGACAUCUGAAAGUGCACCCGAAUGCGAAAGCGGUCAAAAUGGGUUCGUUAACCGUGAUUAUCGAGCAGGAUGGUGACCCAGUCGACGAAGAAGAUCAGCAUUAUAUGAUCGCGAAUCAGACGGUGCUUGCACUGGAUCCGAGUUGAUGUUGAAUUAAGUUUGUUUAUUUUCAAAAAUACAAAUCGUAAAAUUCCGAACAGUUGAAUAUUCUUCUCAGUGUUUGUCGGUGGCUAGUUUU